AUGAUAGUGUCAAAAAUUGUAGCCGUAUGUAUUAUCGCUUUUACUAGAGCUAUCGAAUUAACGUUUGAAUUAUCCGACAAUGCAAAUCAGUGCUUUUUUGAGGAUAUCAAGGCUGGCGUUGACUGUGUUAUUGAAUAUCAGGUGGUAACAGGUGGUCAGUAUGAUGUAGAUAUGACGCUUCAAGAUAAGGAAGGUAAAAUCUUGUAUCAAGGUACCAAAAAACAGUAUGAUAGUUUUUCGUGGAAAACAGAAACAGAAGGAACAUACAAGGCAUGCUUCUCAAAUGAAUUUUCAACUUUUUCACAUAAGGUAGUUUACAUGGAUUGGCAAAAAGGAGACGAGGGUCAACUCUUACCAAGUGUCGGUAAAGCGACUUCACGAAUAGCAGCCAUGACACAACUUGAAACGUCUGCAUCAGCUAUCGGUGACCGACUGAGGCUAAUUGAUGAUUAUCAAACACAUCACAGAUUGAGAGAAGCUACUGGGCGUAAGCGCGCGGAAGAUCUUAAUGAGCGCGUUUUACUGUGGUCUUUGGGACAAACGGCUGUUAUAAUCACUUUGGGAAUAGCACAGGUAACACAUUAA